GAAGUGAAUGCUGUUCCACGCACCAUUCUAUAAGCACUGAGACGUGAUGUGGUCACGGUUCAAGCAGUGUGUGUAAGGCGAGAAUAAUACGACCACUGGAGCCGGUGACAACUGUUAUAUUAAUUCUCCCACCAUGUUGCAAUCACCGCACAAACUUAGCAAUAAUGACAAACUUCUCAAUCUCGUUAGUCUGGAGGAUUACUACGACAUCGUAAGAGAACUCGGUCGCGGUACGUAUGGCAGAGUUGACCUGGCUGUACACAGGGAGAGUGGGCUACAGCUGGCAUUGAAAUCACUCUGUAAGAAAUCCACCAAGUUCAAAGACUUCCAACGGGAAUGCACAUUGGGUGACUUUCUGUCAGUGCAUCCGAAUGUUAUUAAUAGCUACGACGUAGCGUUUGAAACGCCCACAGCUUAUGUGUUCGCCCAGGAGUACACCGCCUACGGUGACUUAUUCGAAGCCAUCCCACCUCAGCACGGACUAUCAGAAAGCGUCGCUAAGCAAUGCAUGCAACAAAUCGCAUCGGCAAUAGACUUUAUACACACUAAGGGGUUCGUACACCGUGAUAUCAAGCCAGAAAACGUUCUACUUUUCAGUCCAGAUUGUUCCAUUGUAAAACUUAUGGACUUCGGGAUGACACGUCGGAGUGGGACUCACGUUAGAAAGAUCAGUGGCAGCAUACCUUACACACCGCCGGAAAUAUGCCAAGCCGUAAAAAAUGAAGGAUUCUACGUUGAAUCUAGUCAAGAUGUCUGGGCAUUUGGCGUCUUAUUGUUCUCUAUACUUACAGGGAAUUUCCCAUGGGAAGCCGCGAACACGGCAGAUGCGUACUUCCUGGAAUUUAUCCAUUGGCAACGGCGUAAAACCCCUGCUAUACCAACGCAGUGGAGACGGUUCACCCCUCGUCUGAUGAAAUGUUUCAGGAAAAUAUUGGACAUCAGACCAGAUAAACGGUGCGCAAUUAGAGAAAUUUACAAGUAUCUAGGCGAUGAUUGGAUAAAAAGAGAAAAUGAACCGUUGCUGCAUAGUGAGACAUUCAGGAGGUACAGCAAAUCAAUGGACGAACUAAGCGUACUGCUGGAAGCACAUGGGGUUAACACGUCAUCAGAUGCCAAGGGUAGAGAAAGAAUGACCAGUGAAUGGGUGCUAACAACAACAGAAACAUUCAAUAAACGUAGCGCAGACAACAUAGUGGCAGUGGGAACCCCGCCGGAAUAUCGACACCAGUACCGGCCUGCCCUGGCCGAACUGGAAGACACGAGAGAUCAUCAGAAUGCAAACACUGAUAUGACAGCUAACGAAGGACAUAAAUUCGCAAGAAAAAUACUAGCCAAACUAAAACGUUCAAAAGAGAUAUUAUCGACGUCGUAAAAC